AUGCAAAUGGAAACCCUCCCUCUCCUCCUUACCCUAAUAGCUGCUCUUUCUGUCUAUUUUCUCUGGUUCCAUCUCCUCGCUAGAAACCUAACCGGUCCAAAAGCAUGGCCCUUCGUGGGUAGUCUCCCGCUUCUGUUCAAAAACCGGGACCGGGUCCACGAUUGGAUUGCUAGCAACCUCCGCGCAACCGGUGGUUCAGCCACCUACCAAACCUGCAUCAUCCCUCUACCUUUCUUGGCUCGCAAGCAAGGGUUUUACACAGUCACAUGCCACCCCAAGAAUUUAGAGCACAUCCUGCGAACCCGGUUCGACAACUACCCUAAAGGACCGAAGUGGCAGACCGCAUUUCACGACCUCUUGGGCCAAGGCAUCUUCAACAGCGACGGAGAAACAUGGCUCAUGCAACGCAAAACCGCAGCUCUAGAAUUCACAACACGAACUCUGAGACAAGCUAUGUCUCGUUGGGUGAACCGUGCCAUCAAGAAUCGGUUAUGGUGCAUUCUAGACAAAGCAUCCAAAGAUAACGUCUCGGUGGAUUUGCAAGACCUUCUUCUACGCUUAACCUUUGAUAACAUAUGCGGACUCACCUUCGGAAAAGACCCUGAAACUCUUUCCCCUCACCUACCCGAAAACCCGUUUACCGUUGCUUUUGACACUGCCACUGAAGCCACCAUGCAUAGGUUCCUUUACCCUGGUAUCCUUUGGAGGUUCCAGAAGCUUCUCUGCAUUGGAACCGAGAAGAAGUUAAAACACAGCCUUAAAAUUGUUGAAACCUACAUGAACGACGCCGUUGUGGAUCGCAAGGAAACACCCUCUGAUGACUUGCUAUCUCGUUUCAUGAAGAAACGUGACGCCGACGGAAAACCUUUCUCCGCCGGUGUGCUGCAACGCAUUGUCUUGAACUUCGUCCUCGCCGGAAGGGACACGUCAUCGGUGGCGCUCAGCUGGUUCUUCUGGCUCGUCAUGAACCACCCCAAGGUGGAGGACAAGAUAGUUAAGGAGAUAACGGCGGUUCUCGAGGAUACUCGAGGCGGAGAACGACGGAGAUGGGUAGAGGAUCCUCUUGACUUCGGCGAAGCAGACCGGUUGGUUUAUCUGAAGGCUGCGUUGGCCGAAACGCUGCGUUUGUACCCUUCUGUGCCGCAGGACUUCAAGCAGGCCAUCUCCGACGACGUGUUGCCGGAUGGAACGGUAGUUCCGGCUGGUUCGACAGUGACGUAUUCGAUAUACUCAGCGGGGAGGAUGGAGACGAUAUGGGGUGAGGAUUGCAUGGAGUUUAAACCGGAGAGGUGGCUUUCGGCUCGAGGUGACCGGUUCGAACCGCCUAAGGAUGGGUUCAAGUUCGUGGCUUUUAAUGCUGGACCGAGAACUUGUUUGGGGAAGGACUUGGCUUACCUGCAAAUGAAGUCUGUGGCUGCGGCUGUACUGUUGCGCUACCGACUGUCUCUAGUUCCCGGUCACCUUGUGGAGCAGAAAAUGUCUCUUACGUUGUUCAUGAAGAAUGGACUCAGGGUGUUCUUGCAUCCACGUAAGCUUACCCUCCCUCUGAAGAAGAUCCUUGUUCAGGUACGACUCCCAUUAUCACUGGAAAAUGAUGAACUGGCUGCAACAUUCAACAAGUGA